AAUAUAAUAAGAAAUUUUAAGCACAAGAUGAGCUUUGCCCAUCGAGAGCCUCAAAACCCAAAAGUCUCUUCUUCACGAGAUCCAAUCUUUUGCUUUUUAGUAAUUAAUUACAUCUUCUUCCUUCUCUUCUCUCUUCUUCUUCUUCGUCCCCUCUCUCAUACCUACCUAUAAGCAACACAAAGAACACCAUUUUAUCCCAUCUGUUUUAUUCCUUAUAUUUCGUUAAUCCAUCCAUACGCAUUCCAACUAUACGCUUUUUGUAUGCAACCCCAAAUAGCAGCUUAAAGAGAAAGCAGAGAGGAUCUUCUUUUAUUUCUCCUCAGAGAAACAGAAACCAUAUCUUCAAAGAAGUCUUGUUUAAUUUUUGUCGCAGGGAGAGGGAAAAGAAAGAAAAUUGAAACACUUUCAUUUUAAUGGCAUCUUCAUCAACAAACUCACCAUGCGCCGCCUGCAAAUUUCUUCGGCGAAAAUGUCAACCGGAAUGCGUAUUCGCACCAUAUUUCCCACCGGACCAGCCACAAAAAUUCGCAAACGUUCACAAAGUGUUUGGAGCAAGCAACGUCACUAAGCUCCUUAACGAGCUUCACCCUUCACAACGUGAAGACGCAGUGAACUCUUUGGCCUAUGAAGCCGACAUGCGUCUCCGUGACCCUGUCUACGGUUGCGUUGGAGUCAUCUCUCUCCUCCAACAUCAGCUCCGUCAGCUUCAGAUAGAUCUCAGCUGUGCCAAAUCAGAGCUCUCGAAGUACCAAAGCCUCGGUAUACUCGCCGCUACUCAUCAGAGUCUAGGCAUCAACUUACUCGCCGGAGCAGCCGAUGGAACAGCUACCNAAAUCAGAGCUCUCGAAGUACCAAAUCUAGGCAUCAACUUACUCGCCGGAGCAGCCGAUGGAACAGCUACCGCCGCCGUGAGAGAUCACUACCACCACCACCAGUUUUUUCCUAGAGAACAGAUGUUUGGUGGCUUGGAUGUUCCGGCCGGUAACAACUACGACGGUGGGAUUCUGGCCAUUGGACAGAUCACUCAGUUUCAGCAGCCGAGAGCCGCCGCCGGAGACGACGGUCGCCGUACUGUUGAUCCUUCUUGAGAAUUUAGGGUUUUGGUGGUUCAUCAUCGUCGAUCGCUUGCUUGGUGUUAAUGAAAUUAUAAUUUAAAAAGAAAUAUAUUUGAUGUGGAAAACCAAAAUAUUUUAAACGUAUGGUACGUCUCUCUUGAUGACAUUAAUUUAUGUUUUAUUAUCAUUAUUAUUAUUAUCACUUAGAUAUAUGAUGAUAGUCCCUUUUGUAUUUCUUUCAAAUUUUAUGGAUUUAUUUCUCUUAAUUUAUAUCACAUCGGAUCCAAAUAUGCCGAUUCGACUAGGAUCUUCAUAUGUAUUUCCAGCAAGAAAUGUAGAUCUAAUAUCAGUUAAUACUGAGGUGA